UGUGUGCACAAAGUCGCAUCGCAAUCUCAUUCUCUCCUGUUCACAAAACACCUCACAACUUAAUACCGUCAAUACGUAUAAUUAAUUAAUAAUAAUAAAAAUAGGUACACAUUUUUCAUGUAAUUUACUUUGUGCAUCGUUCGUUCGCUGGAGAUACGUGCUUAUUGGAGCUGGUUUGUCGACGGUUUUCUGCUCAACCGAUCGUAAAAUUGAAAACAAAGUGAAACAACGUUGUAAUAUUUGGUUUUUAUGAAUUCAACGAUUGUUGAAUCGCAGAUAAAAACACGGAAAGUGGUUUGAAGAAGAAGAAAACGAAGAGAGAGAGAAUAAAACGCGUCAAACUAGAUGUGAUGUAUCGGUCUAUGGUGAAGUUCAAGUGUUAAACUCUCUGUUAAAUCGUCUGUAGCAAAAUAUUUUGUGUUAAUUGUGCGAAACCUUCCAUAAUCGUCAAUUAGAAUUAGUUUUCAUUUGUGUGUAAGUGUUUGAAAUAUUCGCAUCGGAUUAUUCACCUAGAAUUGACAUUAACAGUCAGCAUUCAGUGUCGUCACGUUCUACGGGAUUUGCCAAAUUUGAAUCUAGUUUUGUCGCUGCUAAAAUUCAUGCAAAAGAUAUUGCCAAAGCAAAUAGAUAAAAAGAAUUACGCAUCGGCUCGGGAGGUGUGUAAACACUAAUAAAUUCGGUUUAAACAAACACCUCGGGCUCUACUACUUCAUGUUCUUCUCUUUUUUUUAUCUUUGUUUGUACGUAAAUACAGUGCUUCGAACAUUAAUCAAAAUGAAACAACCAAACAUGAGUAUGGUAUCGGAGCAGUUCUUUGUUUGUUGCGAACACGUAGUUGUUGUUUUAUGAACGUACUCUACACUCUCUCUCUCGCUCUCUUUCUCUGUGUCCCUGUUUUCUACCGUCGCUUUCAUUUAUUUCUGCAUUUUUAUUAGCGAGAAUGUGCAUAUUGUGCGAAUUGUGAAUUGAAAGCAGGCACACGACGCUUCUCGUACUACGUGAUACGAGCGAUGGUGAAUAUGUGUUGUGUCAUUUAAAUAUGAGGGUGUCUGGUGUCUGCAUUUUAUGCGAAAGCAAUUGUUCGCAAUUUUAUAUUCGUGUAUCCUGUUUGAGUCGCCGUCGCCAAACGAAUCGCGAAAAAUUCGGUGUUGAAUUAAAAAAUUUGUACCUCUAUUGGAAUUGGAAACGGCAACAUUACCGACUGAUUGCCAAUUCAUAGAAUGGUCAAUACAUUUCGUCAUUCAUUGAGAAUGAGAAUGUUCCGGUAAAUAUUUGCUCAAAAUUUGAAUGAAGCGCACAUAUACAGUGACCACGGUCAGUCGUCGAUGAAUCACAAAAUGUCAAUAGUGUCGUUGAAAGUGGAAAUUUACCCGAAAAAAAAGACGUUGAAUCAUUUGUAAAAAUGAUUUUGGAUUCAAUGGAGAAAAAAGGAAGUUAUAUUCCGGUCGCUGUACUUGAGCACAAGGGCCAUCGAAAAAACCAUUUGAAAAAUGAUGUUUCGUCGGCAGUCUUUCGUUUCAAUUCACGUACAUGCAGCAUACAAGCACGUUUGUAUUGUCAUAGCUCUAUGUGUAUAUAUACGGAAAAAGGGUCUUUGGCUUUGUCUACCGUAUUAACCACUACACUCGCAUCCGAUUUGCAGACACAUCGAGUGAGAGAGGGUGCAGAUUCGAAUAUUUCUUUUACAUGUCGCUCACUGCUGCUACCGAUUUCGUUGUUGUUGUUGUUGUUGGUAUUUCUAGUGAAAUUCGCUAUGGUUAUUUUACCCGUUGAAAGUGCAACCCAACUCUCUCAUAUGCUUGAUGCCAUUGCGGUAGCGAGAACAUUUCCUCAUUUCUCAUUUCCACGUUCCAUUGUUAAUGUUGUUGCUUCUGCAAAUGGUGUUGGUGUUCGUUAACGGCAUUAGACAAUUUAUUGAUUAUGAGAAGUUGCGUCGCUCCGAUGCCAAGUGUGGCUGUUGUUUUUGUUUUUACUGAAAUGCAAAAACGAACCGAGAAAAAAAGAGAGAAAAAAUCGCUCGACAACAUGUUUUAUGGAUUUUAUAAUGUGAUAUCCAUUUUCAAUGUGCCGUGUGCACUUUUACGCGUAAGCACAUUCAUUCACAUUCUCACGUCAAGAGGCUCAUUUUCACACACUUGGCUGCAAAAAAAAUUACUUAGCAUUAAUCUUAUGUUAUGUGUUAAGAUUUCAGUUUGCAUAUACCUCAUUUUUCCGCUUUCCGACUUGAUGCUUGUUUAUUUGUUCUGUCAAUAUCGCAAACCAAAACUCUAAUCAAUUCUGUUCGCAAAACCACUUCAGUUUUUCCGUUCAAAUUCUUUUCAUCGAUUUCAUUCAAGUGAAUUUUUCAGCAUGACGAAAGCAAAGAAAUCAUAAAAAUUUUGAGCUUGAAUUUAAGUAUCCGGAGUCAUCAAGUUAAAAAUACCGUUGCUCUCUCGCUCCUUCUGCAUUGCGAAGGCACAUAAGCACAUCAAAACUCAGUGGAUUCUCAAGCGAUGAAAAAGUUAAAUUUAGCAAUGUGCGCGUUCGAUGCUUGGCGAAUAAUUCUGACAUGAUAUGAAUAACGAUAAAUAUCGGCGAACGGUUUUCAUCGCAAGAAGCGAAUUAGCGGACGCACUCGCGCAUCCGUUAUCAAUGGCCAUAAGACAAGAACAUACACUUCAAGUUUGAUCAAGAGAGAAAUAAAAAAAACAAUUCGCUAAAAUUCGCCAAGCUAUUUGCCUCUUUUUCCAUUUCGCAAGCGCGCAUCGCAAUCAAAUUGAAUAGAAAUGACAAAAAUAGCACCGGUUUAUAAUUAGACAUCGGCCACAGCGGCGUUCGUGUCAUCGAAAUCUCUGUGUUUCCCUCUCUAUCUCUCUCUCUCUCUCUCUCUCUCUCUCUCUCUCUCUCUCUCUCUCUCGCUAUCGUUCAGCAUAUCUCUGAUUGCUGAAUCGUGGCUUGAGAUUCCGUACAAUGAAAAUUCGUUAUUCUUAGAGGCAAUAUAAUCCUGUAGCUAUUCUUUCUCUUGGUCAAAUGAUUGCCGCAUCAUUUCAUCUAUUCUUCAUCUAAAUAUAAAAGACUUUGUACACUUUGUAUUCAGGUUUGAUAAAUUAUUAGAAUAAUUUCAUGUUGUUUUUCAAGAGCUCGAAAAUUAUAAUUUUUCAUUGUCUGCAAUAAAAUCAAGAUUACAUCAAGAAAUAGCAUAGCACCGCAAUCAAAAGUGGUCGUCGGAUGCGUCGUUGAACUGUACGUCGUUUGACUUUGAGACAAGAGCGCCAAGAAAUGGUGUAUAUGUGCUGCUUUUUUUUCUCAUUUCGUGUAGCCCACAUACUCUCUUUCUAUCUCUCGAUGUUGAAUUCGAUGUGCUGUAAUAAUUUCGCGCAGCGGUCAACAAAUCUCGCAUUUCGUAUAUAUUUUGUUGAAGCAUAAACUGUAUAUUGGUUGUUGCUUAUGACUUAUUUUCAAUCACUAAAAAUAGACGGUGGGCUUUCGAUAUUUCUUUGUUUUUUUUUUCUUCGCCCGUCUUCUUCAAGCAAGUAUUUUUCACUUGAGCACAACACGUAAUCUGUAAUGAGUCAGAAAUCGUGGAUCGUUUAAAGCAAAUCAUUUCGUAUUGCAUGUCACAAGUAUCAUAGCGGGCGCUGAAAGCAAGUGCUAAAUGCAUGAACAUGGACACCACAUACGACAAGCGAUGAACAAAUUGUUUAUGUUUUUGUCUUUCAUUGUUGCCAAUCGUUAUUUCCAUGUGCAAUUCAUUUUGCGCAUACACACGAGCUGAAUGCCAAUUCGGUCUACCGCAAAUUUUAAUGCAUUCUAUUGAUCGAUCGUUCUCAUAAUAUCAUACAAUUUAUCAAUCAAUCGUUUCAUUUGUUUCGAAACGUUGACGCGCAUUUCAAGUAAUGAACGAAAUCCAUUGAAUUUGCAUGAUACCGAGACAUAAUGCUCGUUAUGAUGCACCAAUCAUCCAGCCACAAUAGCAGCAGCAGCAAAUAUGGAGACGAACGUGCAAAUGCAAUUUUUGUCUCGAUGAGUGAGUGAGUGAGUGCAUGUCAUUCAAGUAUACAUCACGAACACGAGAUGCGUGCGCAGCAAACAACCAUUAACGAGAAAUAUUGCAACCAAGAAAAUAAUACAGAAUUUUCUUUUCUCUCAAUUAAAAUGCGACCGAUAUGCACGAAAAAUGCAAACACUCAAGAUCCCAUUCUCAUUGCUCUCUGUUGUUGUUGCUGCUGCUGCUGCUGCUGCUGCUGCUUCGACUUGUAAUUGUCGAUCACAUCUCGGCACGAUCGGUACACACGCGCUCAAUUUCCUCUUUUCGCAUAAUAAAAUGUACUAAUGGCAUUAAAUGCGAAGACAGCAACUGACUGAGCGCGCGAGAACGAUACGAGAGGGAGCACAGAGGCAGCAGCAGCAGAAGCCAGGCGAAUUUUAUGUUCAUUUGAAUUGAAUAAACAUGUCGUCGAUGAUUGCGUUCGAUGUGCGGUUUAUCUUUCUCGGUUCGUUCGUCUUCUUUCAUGCUUUUUGUUGUGUUUGGUUUUGUUUUUUUUCGGUGUGUGAGAGGCAGUGUGUACGAGGCAAGAACCCAGGUCGCUUUAAAUUCUAUCUUUUGUAUUUCAUACAGCAUCGGCUGACAUAAAUGAGUGUACCGUAUGAUGUGUGUGCAAUGUGUACGCUAACGAACGUAAGCGAGUAAGCGAGUGAACGCGCGCGCGUUUCGUGUGUAUGAGUUUUUUUCAGUUCGAAUCGUCGUUUGCCUCUUUCUCUGUGAACCGUCUCUCGCAUACGAUCGCUAAGAAAUUGAUUUGGUACGAACAGGUUCUUUAGUUUUGAGUUGGCUUCCAACGCGAGCGGUCUCCGUAACGUUGUUGAUUAAAGUAGGUGUCAGAUAUCUUAGGACCUCAAACGAACGAACUGGUUUUUUUUUUGUAUUCGAAAAUCCACAAAAACCCGUAUUUGAAACAAUUUGAAACCGAAAAUCGAUAAUAAGAACACACAAACAAGUCAAAAUGUUGGACCAAAACGGAUAUGCUGUGGAUUACGGUGAUGCUUAUAUGGAGCAAGAGGAAGAAUGGGAGCGCGAAGGUCUUUUAGAUCCAGCCUGGGAGAAACAACAGAAAAAGACAUUCACUGCUUGGUGUAACAGCCAUUUGAGAAAAGCUGGCACAGCCAUCGAUAACAUCGAAGAAGAUUUCCGCAAUGGACUCAAACUUAUGUUGUUGCUCGAAGUCAUCUCCGGCGAAACAUUGCCAAAGCCAGACCGUGGUAAAAUGCGCUUCCACAAGAUUGCCAAUGUGAACAAAGCUCUCGAUUUUAUCGAAGCCAAAGGUGUCAAAUUGGUUUCAAUUGGUGCCGAAGAAAUCGUUGAUGGUAACCUGAAAAUGACUUUGGGUAUGAUUUGGACUAUCAUCUUGCGCUUCGCCAUCCAAGACAUUUCGGUUGAAGAAAUGACCGCUAAAGAAGGUUUGCUGUUGUGGUGCCAACGCAAGACCGCUCCAUACAAGAACGUCAACGUACAAAACUUCCAUCUCAGUUUCAAGGAUGGUCUUGCGUUCUGUGCAUUGAUCCAUCGUCACAGACCCGACUUGAUCGAUUACGGUAAAUUGUCGAAGGAUAAUCCAUUGGAGAACUUGAAUACAGCAUUCGAUGUUGCUGAGAAAUACUUGGAUAUCCCAAGAAUGUUGGAUCCAGAAGAUUUGAUUAAUAUAGCGAAGCCUGAUGAGAGAGCUAUUCUUACAUACGUAUCGUCAUAUUAUCAUUGCUUUAGUGGAGCUCAAAAGGCCGAAACUGCAGCUAACCGCAUCUGCAAGGUGUUGAAGGUGAACCAAGAGAAUGAGCGUCUCAUGGAAGAGUAUGAACGUUUGGCCAGUGAUUUGCUUGACUGGAUUAAACGUACUAUGCCAUGGUUGAACUCGCGUCAAGCCGACAACUCGUUGGCUGGAGUUCAAAAGAAAUUGGAGGACUACCGUACGUAUCGUCGCAAGCAUAAGCCACCACGUGUUGAACAAAAAGCAAAAUUGGAAACCAAUUUCAAUACUUUACAAACGAAAUUGCGUUUAUCGAACCGUCCAGCUUACAUGCCAACCGAAGGAAAAAUGGUUGGAGAUAUUGGCAACGCCUGGAAGGGCUUGGAAUUGGCCGAAAAAGCAUUUGAAGAAUGGUUGUUGGCUGAAACCAUGCGUUUGGAACGUCUUGAACAUUUGGCCCAAAAGUUCAAGCACAAGGCCGAUACGCACGAAGAUUGGACUCGCGGUAAGGAAGAGAUGCUUCAAUCGCAAGACUUCCGUCAAUGCAAAUUGAACGAUUUGAAGGCCUUGAAGAAGAAGCACGAAGCUUUCGAAUCCGACUUGGCCGCUCACCAAGAUCGCGUUGAACAAAUCGCUGCCAUUGCCCAAGAGCUCAACACUCUUGAAUAUCACGACUGUGUGUCGGUCAAUGCUCGUUGCCAACGCAUUUGCGAUCAAUGGGAUCGUCUCGGUGCAUUGACACAACGUCGCCGUCAAGCGCUCGACGAUGCCGAGCGCAUUCUCGAGAAGAUUGACAUCUUGCACUUGGAAUUCGCCAAACGUGCGGCUCCAUUCAACAACUGGUUGGAUGGAACACGCGAGGAUCUUGUUGACAUGUUCAUUGUUCACACAAUGGAAGAAAUCCAAGGCCUCAUCCAAGCUCACGAUCAAUUCAAAGCCACUUUGGGCGAAGCCGAUAAGGAAUACAAUGUUAUCGUUGGUUUGGUACAAGAAGUCGAAAGCAUAGUCAAACAACACCAAAUCCCAGGCGGUUUGGAGAACCCAUACACAACAUUGACCGCACACGACUUGAACCGUAAAUGGUCGGAGGUGCGUCAAUUGGUGCCACAACGCGACCAAACAUUGUCCAACGAAUUGCGCAAACAACAAAACAACGAAACAUUGCGUCGCCAAUUCGCCGAAAAGGCCAAUGUUGUUGGACCAUGGAUCGAACGUCAAAUGGAUGCGGUCACAUCCAUUGGCAUGGGCUUGCAAGGCUCUCUCGAAGAUCAAAUGUACCGCUUGAAAGAAUACGAACAAGCCGUUUUUGCCUACAAACCAAAUAUGGAAGAAUUGGAGAAGAUCCAUCAAGCCGUUCAAGAGUCGAUGAUCUUCGAAAAUCGUUACACGCACUACACAAUGGAAACGUUGCGCGUCGGAUGGGAACAAUUGCUCACGUCCAUCAACAGAAAUGUCAACGAAGUUGAAAAUCAAAUUUUGACCCGUGACUCGAAGGGAAUUACACAAGAACAAUUGAACGAAUUCCGAUCAAGCUUCAAUCACUUUGACAAAAACCGAACUGGCCGCUUGGCACCAGAAGAAUACAAAUCAUGUUUAGUAUCAUUGGGCUACUCGAUCGGUCGCGAUAGACAAGGUGAAUUAGACUUCCAACGUAUUUUGGCCGCUGUCGAUCCAAACUCAACUGGCUACGUACACUUUGACGCUUUCUUAGAUUUCAUGACCCGCGAAAGCACCGACACUGACACUGCUGAACAAGUUAUCGAUUCAUUCAGAAUUUUGGCUUCCGACAAGCCAUUCAUUUUGCCAGACGAAUUGCGUCGUGAAUUGCCACCAGAUCAAGCUGAAUACUGUAUUCAAAGAAUGCCACCAUACAAAGGACCAAAUGGUGUUCCAGGGGCAUUAGACUAUAUGUCAUUCAGUACAGCACUCUACGGUGAAAGUGAUUUGUAAACAUCAUCAAUCAAUCAAAGCGAAAGAGAGAAAAAAAAAGAAAGAAACAAAAAAAAAACAUACUUCAUUUGAACUGGAAACAAUUCGAAAUUGUCACAUUUUAUGACGAGAUGCGAAUUUUUUAUUCGCACUCAUUGGCAACAUAACAUCGAUUUCAUAAAUUUUUUUUUUUUUUAAUCCACACCAUGUCUACGUCACCAUAUAAAUUACGCAAAUCCAAAACCACAACAAUAUAGAACAACGGAAGCAAUUAUUCAAACAAAUAAAAAAGAAUUGUCUUAUAUUAUUUAUUUAAAAAAAAAAAAAUACGAAUAAAAGAGCAGAACAAUUAUUAUUUAAUUUAAA